AUGGAGAAAAUGAGGAAAUUGGUGAACCAAAUAGCGUAUACACCCCCACAAGAAAGGCUCCGUACACUUUCACCCCUCCAACUUUCUCUCAUACCUCUUCUAUCACUAGCUUCCACUCUCUAUGGCUUCGCACUUCCCAUACGUCAUCGCUUUUACCAACUUGGUUUGCUUCACAAACACAGGUUGCCGGUGCCAGUGAUUAGUGUUGGGAAUUUAACUUGGGGAGGUAAUGGGAAGACUCCAAUGGUUGAGUUUCUUGCUGUUUGGUUGGCUAAUGCUGGAAUUUCACCUCUUAUUCUAACAAGGGGUUAUGGUGGCGCAGAUGAAUCAAAAAUGCUUCAAAGGCAUCUGUAUGGAACACCCGUGAAGAUAGGCAUAGGUGCAAACAGGGCCGAUACAGCUUCCUGUUUUCUGAAAAGAUAUGGCCAUAUCAGCCCUUGCAAGCAUGGUGACACGGAUUUGGAGAGACUUUUGUCUGAUAACAAAAAGGGAAAUAGUUCUUAUUCUGACCAAAUUGGGAUUGCAAUCCUAGACGAUGGAAUGCAGCAUAUCAGUUUGUGGCGUAACGUCGAGAUUGUGAUGGUGAAUGCAAUGAUUCCGUGGGGGAACCAUCAGUUAAUUCCACUUGGACCAUUAAGGGAACCUUUGGCCGCACUCACACGUGCCGAUAUAGUUGUAAUCCAUCAUGCAGACUUGGUCUCAGAAAAGGACAUUGAUGCCAUAGCAUCAGAAAUUCGAAAAGUAAAAAAAUCUCUUCCUAUAUUCUUGAGCACAUUGGCGCCUUUAUACUUUCUUAAAGCUGGCAACAUGUCAUGCAAAUUGGUUUUGAUGAACAUCCGUAAUACACUUGUCUUAUGUGUCUCUGCAAUUGGAUCUGCUGAUUCUUUUGUUGAGAGGAUAAAGAAGUUGGGGCCAGCGUAUGUUGAUCGGCUGGACUUCAGUGACCAUCAUUCGUUUCAAGCUAAGGAUAUUGACAUGAUCAAAACAAGACUUCGGAAUCUUCAAUCAGAGUUUGCUAUGAAGCCUUUUGUUGUUGUAACAGAAAAGUUCUUGAUUUGCCAGGACUAUGAUAGAUCUCCCGAGAUUCUCAAGUAUUUAGAUCCACAUGAAGUGUUGAUUCUUUGCUCCAGCUUGCAAAUUCUACCUCAUAAAGGAAACACAGAAGAUAGCUUUAAGAAAUGUCUGGCAGCAUUUGGAAAUGAAUUUGUGAUCUUUAAAAGAUGUGACUGAGGUGACUUUUACACGGAGAGCUUGCACUAAGAUAUGCUACACACAAUUCAUAAGAUUUUGUCGGAUAAAUGGAGUUACAGUACCAGAAAAUGGUGGGAGGACAGUAACAAAAGGAAGUAUUUCUCGUCAAGUAUGCACAAGGUAGACCACUUGCCUCCACACCUUACAUCAUCGUCAUGGUUAAAUGAAGUUAGAGCUAUACCACUAGAGCUAUAAGGUACACCGGGAUAACCGAUUGGAAGCAUUGGAAGUGGAAUCCUCUGGUUUAUAUCUGGUUAGAAUUCUGUAAGACUUGGUUAUUUUGCCUUCUCUUGCUGCUAGAUGUAGCGUCGUUUGCCAUUUUUCAACAUCUACUAGGCCAUAAGAUGGAAUAGCCUUGUGGAUUAUGUAUAAGCUCAUUGGUUUUGAAGUACAGAGCUUCAUCUAUAAAACUAAGGUCAAGCUUGUAUUUCAUCAUUGAAGAAGAAACACAUAUAUUCUUGAUUACCUUAAUUCCAGUUUGAAGCAAAGGUCUUCCAAUGUAAAUACUCCUCGUCGUCGUCCAGCAAAUGUGGUGAUGAUCCUGUAGUUGAUUAUUAUCUAAAGUGUACUAGUAUCUAGUUAGCAUUAAUUCUCAAUUUAAA